AUGAAUCAUUACCAGGAACGCAAUAAUAAUACAUCAAUAGAAGGUCAAGCCGUAGCUUCGACAAAAUUAUCAUCAAUAGAAGUAGCUUUAUGUGGAGCCGCCGCGGGAGCUGUCUCCAGAUUUGUAGCAUCGCCUCUAGAUGUUAUAAAAAUACGUCUUCAACUCCAGUCAGGGCGAUCAACGUUUGAAUUAUUCUCUGGACAAAAAUCCUUAAAUUCUGAUAGAAAAUAUAACGGAGCAUGGCAUGCAUUGAAAUUGAUCGUUCGGGAGGAAGGUGUUCGGGGUUUAUGGAAGGGUAAUCUAUCAGCAGAAUAUCUUUACCUAUCCUAUAGUGCCGUUCAGUUUUUGACAUAUCAACAAAUGCAAACUUUAUUCACAUUUAUCGAAAAAAAGCAUGGAAAACCAAUUAUUGAUAAAACUCUUCAACCAUUUUUGAGUGGUGCUGUUUGCGGAACGACGGCAACUGUCGCUACGUACCCAUUCGACUUACUACGGACGAGAUUUGCGGCGCAAGGAAACGUUAAGGUAUAUAAGGGAAUGUCCCAUGCCAUACGGCAGAUCUAUUCUAAAGAAGGAACUUAUGGUUUUUACAGAGGAAUUUCGGCAUCCGUGUUACAGAUCAUUCCGUAUAUGAGUUUAAUGUUUGGAAGUUACGAAAUUUUUAAGAAAUCAUUCCGACGUCUCGAGGAAAAAAAUUUAUGGGGCAGUAAUUUGAAAGGAUCAGAAGAUUUGUUAUGCGGCGCAAUAGCUGGAGUAAUCAGUAAAACAGGCGUGUUUCCACUUGAUUUAUUACGAAAACGACUUCAGAUAUUUAUACAAGACGGAUUUUUUGGACUUUAUAAAGGACUAACUCCUGCACUUAUAAAAAGUGCGCCUGUUAGUGCCGUUACAUUUUUUGUAUUUGGACAAACCAAAAAAUUGUUUGAAAAACUUCAUGGUAAUUGA